AUGAAUCUUGCGAGAUUCGUUACUGAUGAUGAACAAAAUCUCAAAGAAGAUAAAAAAGAUAUCCAUGUCAUUAAGACUGUUAAAGACUGGAUAAAUGAUGAUUUUUUUUGUCGAAACUACAUUUUGAAUGGUUUGGAAAACUCUUUGUAUGGAGUCAUAGAUACAACGAAAACAGCUACAGAACUGUGGGAGUCCUUAAACUGGAAAUAUACAUAUGAGGAUGCUGGUGCAAAGAAAUUUGUGGUUGGAUGGUUCCAAGAUUAUAAAAUGCACAAACCAAAACAAGUGAGCAUUAAAGAAUUGAUUGUUAGACUUCGUAUUGAAGAAGACAAUAAUAUUUCUAACAAAAGAAGUUCUAAACAAAAUGUGGCUAAGGCCAAUUUGGUGGAACAAGGUCAAAAUUCUAAGGGAAAGAAGAACUACAACCCCAAUGAUAAAGGGUUCAAGUUUGGGCCAAAAGGAGGAAUCUCCAAAAUGCCGUUCAAAUUUCUUAGUGCUUUAACUGCAACAAGUCAGGUAGAUAAUGGCGAGAAUCUUUUCAUGGGAAACUCUGACACAUCUCAAAUUGUGGGUCAAGGAAGUGUGAUCCUGAAAAUGACUUUGGGAAAUGAGCUGAUUCUGAACAACGUGUUGUACGUACAAGAGAUCCGUAAAAACCUAGUGUCUGGUUCACUACUGAACAAACAUAGAUUCCGUAUUGUAUUUGAGUCAGACAAAGUUGUUUUGUCUAAAAUUGGAAUCAAAGACGAGGCAAUAGAGAAAUGUGUUCUCUAUAAGACCGAUGUUGAUAAUCAACUUAACAAAAAGAUUAAGGUGUUGAGAAGUGAUCGAGGUGGUGAAUAUGAAUUGCCAUUUCAUUAA